AUGUCAGAGGAUCAUGACAAAGACUGUAACGCGAGUGUUGAUAAAUCCGAUGACGAUCAGUGCCAUAGAACUAUUGCCGACUCCGAAGAAGUGAUCGAAGCUCAAGGACAAUCCACGUCUGAUGCAACAAGUGCCAAUGCUUCUGAGGAAGCACAAAUAAGUGCCACAUGCUCUAGAGAAAUAAGUACGUGUAUUUUAAAUGAAAAGAAUGAAUCACCUGAGAAGGAAACAGAGAAAACAAGGACCCUGGUCUGGACCCGAGAUGGCUCUAAGUUUGCGAUAUCGUGGAACCUGCCUGACGGUACCACCACACCGGAGGACUAUGUCGCGCUGUGUUAUGCAGGUGAGUUGGUC